GGAGCUGACAGGCCCCAUUCACUGCAGAAACACAUGUUGUUUAGAUCAGAGCUCAAACCAGUUUGAAAGAAAGAAAGUGAAACUCAGACAGUCGUUGUCACUGAGAGGUGAAAUGGCGCAGAGAGGAAUUCAACUGGACCAGGAAACUUUCUCUUGUUCCAUCUGUCUGGAUCUACUGAAGGAUCCGGUGACUAUUCCCUGUGGACACAGCUACUGCAUGAGCUGUAUUAAAAACCACUGGGAUGAAGAGGAUGGAAGGAAAAUCUACAGCUGUCCUCAGUGUAGGAAGGACUUCAUACCGAGACCUGACCUUGAGAAAAACACCAUGUUAGCGGAUUUAGUGGAGGAGCUGAAGAAGACUGGACUCCAAGCUGCUCCUGCUGAUCACUGCUAUGCUGGACCUGAAGAUGUGGCCUGUGAUUUGUGCACUGGGAGGAAACUGAAAGCUGUCAAAUCCUGUUUGGUGUGUCUGGUCUCUUACUGUGAGAAACAUCUCCAGCCUCACUAUGAUGUACUUCAGUUAAAGAAACACAAGCUGGUGGAGCCCUCUGAGAAGCUCCAGGAGAACAUCUGCUCUCUUCAUGAUGAGGUGAUGAAGAUGUUCUGCCGCACUGAUCAGCAGUGUAUCUGUUAUCUCUGCUCUAUGGAUGAACAUAAAGACCACGACACAGUCUCAGCUGCAGCAGAAAGGACUGAGAGGCAGAGAGAGCUGGAGCUGAGUCGACAACAAAUCCAGCAGAGAAUCCAGGACAGAGAGAAAGAUGUGGAGCUGCUUCAACAGGAGGUGGAGGCUGUCAAUGGCUCUGCUGAUAAAGCAGUGGAGGACAGUGAGAAGAUCUUCACUGAGCUGAUCCGUCUCAUGGAGGAAAGAAGCUCUGAUGUGAAGCAGCAGAUCAGAUCCCAGCAGGAAAGUGAAGUGAGUGGAGUCAAAGAGCUUCAGGAGAAGCUGGAGCAGGAGAUCACUGAGCUGAAGAGGAAAGAUGCUGAGCUGAACAAGCUCUCACACACACAGGAUCACAUCCACUUUCUACACAACUACCCCUCACUGUCAGCACUCAGUCAAUCUACACACUCAUCCAGCAUCAAUAUCCGUCCUCUCAGGUACUUUGAGGAUGUGACAGCAGCUGUGUCAGAGCUCAGAGAUAAACUACAGGACAUUCUGACAGAGGAAUGGACAAACAUCUCACUGACAGUGACUGAAGUGGAUGCUUUACUGUCACAAUCAGAGCCCAAGACCAGAGUUGGAUUCUUAAAAUAUUCACAGGGAAUCACACUGGAUCCAAACACAGCACACAAACGAUUGUUAUUAACUCAGGGAAACAGAAAAGCAAUAUCAAAGUAUGAAGAACAGUCUUAUUCUAGUCACCCAGACAGAUUCACUUCAUUGCGUCAGGUUCUGAGUAGAGAGAGUCUGACUGGACGUUGUUACUGGGAGGUGGAGUGGAGAGGAAGAGGAGGAGUUUCUGUAGCAGUCGCAUACAAGAAUAUCAGCAGAACAGGGAGCUCAGAUGAAUGUGGAUUUGGAUUCAAUGACAAAUCUUGGGCCUUAAAUUGUUUCCAAAACAGUUUUUCAUUUUGGUUCAACAACAUCCAAACUCCAGUCUCAGGUCCUCAGUCCUCUAGAGUAGGAGUGUACCUGGAUCACAGUGCAGGUAUUCUGUCCUUCUACAGCGUCUCUGAAACCAUGACUCUCCUCCACAGAGUCCAGACCACAUUCACUCAGCCUCUCUAUGCUGGAAUCUGGCUUUAUAAAUAUGAUGGAGACACAGCUGAGUUGUGUAAACUGAAAUAGACAAAACAGUCACUGACAAACCUGUUCUUCCUCCGGGAUGUAAUGAGUGGUUGGAUGUUUGUUAUUGCUGCUGUAAUACACUAAGUUUUCUUUCACCUUUACACGCUACAAUUUUCACCUUGAGAAUUGUGUAUGUUGUAUUAUUUUGUAAACAGUUUUGUGAACAUGCAGGUGGCACCUUAAUCCCGUCCACCCUGACACUUUACGGACAGACAGACAUGACAAAUAGAGGCACAACAAAAUUACAGUUUGAAAUGACGCAGUUGUGGGUGGCAGAUGGAUGAAAGUAUCUCUUCUAUUUGCAGUAGUUUAUUAGAUUAACACUGAGAUGUGAUAACAACUGACUUAACCUGGUUAUACCCAGUGUCAAAGACGAUGGAUAUAAAUUUUCAUUCAUGGGUUUUUAAGUUUUAAUCAUACGCUGUCUUUUCUCAGGUCUAUCAGCGUCCUCGUGUCCUUGUGCACUCAGCAUUUACCUGAACUCACUGGCCAAUUUCCAUUGUUGAGCUUUGUUCCAUAUUGUUUGUUGAUUAUCGUAUCGUCCUGACCUUACAUUGUAAAGUGAAUUGAGAUAAUGUAUGUGAUGAUUUGGCUCUACGUCAAUAAAAAUGAAUUGA